AUGCGAUCUCCACGGCUCUUGGGCUUACUGGUAACGGGCGUCCUUGUGUGUCUCUCCCUUGUCUUCCUUCGACACUCCAGGCCUUCCCAUGGCUCUCCAAGGGUUGCUUCCUUGGUCUCCCCUCCCCCUCCCCCGCUACAACAGCCAAUGGCACCUGCCCCAGCCCACGCGGAUCUCUACCCGAAAGAUGUACAUCCAAUAGCAGCGCUUAUUCAGGAUGCGGAGGAGGAAUUCAAUGAGCUUCUCUCACGCCAGUCAAAAAACCUCGCAGAUGCGGUGAAAGAGUACCGGCGACGCUACGGCCUGCACCCGCCACCACAUUUCGAUAAGUGGUUCAUAUUUGCGCAAUCAAGAGGCGUUCAGUUGAUCGAUGAAUACGACACGAUAUACGAGACCUUGCUACCCUUUUGGGCACUUGCACCAGAAACUAUCCGUGCCCGCGCGCGUGAGGCCCUUGGAUACGAUAAUUCCUUGCUUGGAAUCCUGAUUCGAGACGGCAAGGUGUCGCUAGCUGAAGGGGGGCUGACGGAGGAACAAACGUGGCAACGCGUGGCGACUCUGGGCAUGAUGAAGGAGUUUGUCCAGUAUCUUCCAGACUUGGAUCUGGUCUUUAAUGCGCACGACGAGCCGAGAGUUAUUCUGCCCAGCGAGGACCUUCAGAGACUGGUUGCGUAUGCCAAGGAUCAUGCGAUUCCCACGGCAUUCCAGACGACAUCAAUCGUGAAUGAAUGGUCGGAUAGACCUAGUGACUUGAACAGAGGAGAUCGCAUUGACGAAGUGCGCACCACUCGUUUCAACCGAUUUUCUCACCAGCCUGCUUGGACUAGUUCGAGAAUGUCUUGUCCAGUAGAGAGCCCCGUUCGGUCGCUUGACGAAAACGCACCCGACAACACCGAUCGAUAUGCCCAUGGCGAUUUGGGGUUCAUCUACAACACCUCUGCCUUUUCUGAUAUAUGCAACGCCCCGUCGCUACGGUAUACGUACGGGUUCUUCGACCGACCCAAUGUCUUCGCCGUUGUUCACGACCUCUUCCCUGUUUUCUCGCAGAGCAAGAUUUCCAGCUUCCAGGAUAUUCUCUACCCGAGUCCCUGGUAUUGGGCUAAGAAGGUGCCGUACGUUGGCGAGAAAGAUGUUUCGUGGGAAGACAAGACCGACAAACUGUACUGGAGAGGCUCGACAACAGGAGGAUACUCACGAGGGGGUGGCUGGCGACGGCAGCAUCGACAGUUGAUGGUUGGCAACAUCAACGCGCUCAACACGGCCGAAAUCCUUAGCAGAGGCGAGAAUGGCCAUUGGGGAAGGAAGCAAGUUAGCCGGCAGGAAUACCACGCGCUCUUUGACGUCCAGUUUACUUCCAUCGGGCAAUGUGAUGCGCACGACUGCGCCGCGCAGCGGGAGUUUUUUAACGUCAGCGAGCCCGCAGGCCAGCAGGAGGCAUGGGGCUAUAAAUAUCUGAUCGAUAUUGACGGCAAUGCCUUUAGCGGUCGAUACCAUGCAUUCCUCGAGAGCAACAGUCUGGUUUGCAAGGUCGCCUUGUUCCGAGAAUGGCACGAUGAACGGAUCAAGCCCUGGGUCCACUACGUGCCGUUGAGUUUCAGGGGGGAUGAAUUCGUGGAAACCAUGCGGUACUUUGUUUCGGAGGACGCGGGGAGAACUGCAGGGCCGCGACUCGCUCAGAACGGCCAAGAGUGGGCGCAGAGGUCGCUGCGCAAUGAAGACAUGGAAGUGUGGUUCUUCCGCGUAUUACUGGAGUACGGGCGUUUAGUGGAUGACAAUCGAGAUAACCUGGGGUUUUAUUAA